AUGCCCAAGACCACUGCCCCCGGCGGUUCGCUGAUCAUGGCCAGUGAUCACAUUAGCGACUUCUUCGCUCAAUAUCCUGGAUUUCCCUAUGACCCCAAUAACGAGGUGUGGUCAGAGUAUCAUCGUCUUGUUCGACAUGUUGGAUGGAAACCGGAGGGGAAGAAGGAGAAGGCUGCCAACAAUGCUUUCCGGGCUGCACUUGGAAGGCAAUUCUCGUACCAAUACGGCACAAGUGACAACAAGUUGGAGAAUCUUCAACGUCUCUGCCAAAAAUUGGGUGUUGAUCCCAUCCCCGCCAGUGUAGCCGCAUGCAAAAAGGUUAUCGGAAAGUUUCAUGUGAAUAUUAUCGACUUUAUUGACUGCGAACGAACUGGUAAUCCGGUCCAUGUGUUUAAAACCGUUCGACAACUCGCAGCUUACACCCAACGCGAGGGCAAAAUCUUUUCAAAGAAACAAGCCAAGAACAACGCCUUGUUACGUUUUCUGCUGCGCUCCAUUUUCAAUCACUAG